AUGGGAUGCUGGAUCUUGAAUGAAAAACUUUCAGUGCUGUUAUUAUUGGUGUGGCUGGCACUGAAUUUCUAUUUGUUUAUUGAUACCUUCCAUUGGUAUGAAGAUGACAAUGCUUACAUUUAUACACGGAUUAUGCUGGGAUCAACCCUGGCUUGGGCAAGAGCUUCUGCAACGUGCCUUAAUUUUAACUGCAUGCUAAUCCUGUUACCAGUCUGUAGAAACCUUAUUUCAUUCUUAAGAGGAGCAAGCAUUUGCUGUGGAGGAGCACUGAGGAGACAGCUUGACAAAAACAUCACAUUUCACAAGAUGGUUGCCUAUGGAAUAGCUGUAAAUGCAACCAUCCAUAUUGUUGCCCACUUGAUCAACAUCGAGCGGUAUCAUACUAGCCAGUCAAAAGAAGCUGGGGAGUUACGGAAUAAACUUUCUGGUCUUGGCAAGAGCCCAAAUGAAAGCUACUUGAACCCAAUCAGGACCUAUGAAACAAACACAACAGGAGAAGUACUAACCACCAUAGCUGGAAUAACUGGAGUUGUGAUAACUGUGGCUUUAAUUCUAAUAAUGACUUCAUCCACUGAGCUCAUCAGAAGGUCAUGCUAUGAGGUGUUCUGGUAUACCCAUCACCUCUUUGUGGUUUUCUUCACCGGUUUAAUAAUCCAUGGUAUGGGUCAGCUUGUCCGAGGUCAGACGCCUCAGAGUCUGCUGCUUCACAAUGUCACUUACUGUAAAGAUCACUACUGGGAAUGGGAGAAUGCCACUCAGUGCCCUUUGCCUCAGUUUUCCGGCAAUAAACCUGUGGCUUGGAAGUGGAUUUUAAGCCCUAUGGUGUUGUAUAUCUGUGAAAGAACUGUUAGGCUUUGGAGAUUUCAGCAGGAGGUGGUCAUUACUAAGGUGGUGACACAUUCCUCUGGAGUCCUUGAGCUUCACAUGAAGAAACAUGGCUUUAAAAUGGGGCCUGGUCAAUAUAUCUUUCUACAGUGCCCAUCUGUCUCACUGCUGGAGUGGCACCCUUUCACCCUCACCUCAGCUCCUGAGGAGGACUACUUCAGUGUUCACAUACGCCUUGUCGGGGAUUGGACUGCAGCCCUUUUCAAGGCCUUCGGAGCAGAGGAAAAGGCUUUCAAGGAAUUGUGGAUGUUACCAAGACUGGCUGUGGAUGGACCAUACGGAUCUGCAAACACAGAUAUCUUCCACUACCAAGUCAGUGUGUGCAUUGCAGCAGGAAUUGGAGUCACACCAUUUGCCUCUAUUUUAAAAUCCAUUUGGUACAAAUGCUGCAACCCUAACACAGUACUGGCACUGCAGAAGGUUUACUUUUACUGGAUUUGUCGAGACCCAUCAGCAUUUGAGUGGUUUGCUGAUCUUCUGUUCCAUUUGGAAACAAAAAUGACUGAAAAAUGGAAAAAUGAUUUUCUAAGUUAUCAUAUAUUUCUUACUGGCUGGGAUGAAAGUCAGGCUACUCACAUAGCCCUACAUUGUGAUGACAAGAUGGAUGUAAUUACUGGUUUGAGACAGAAAACCUGUUAUGGAAGGCCAAACUGGGACAAUGAGUUCAAGCAACUAGCUGAAAACCAUCCUAGCAACAGUAUUGGCGUAUUCUUCUGUGGACCCAAGACUCUCUCUAAGAUCCUGCAAAAGACAUGCAACUCAUAUUCGUCAGUUGAUCCAAGAGGAGUUCAGUUUCACUAUAACAAAGAAAGUUUCUAGGCUGUACUUCUAAACUAUGUAAUAGUAUUACCAAAUUUUGUAUUUUUUUCCCUUCACUUUCUCCUCCUCUACUCAUUCUGCA